UGGCGGUUUAAUCAUCCUAUCACUUGCGUUGCAAACGCCUCCUGUGGGCGUUGAUAAAUGUUUUCCAGGAUGUGCUCGCAACUGUGUUGUUUAUCGCCUCUGAGCAAGGCGAAGCGUGUGAAGGUGUAAAUCUAUGGUGAAGGAGUCAUCCUGUCUUACCCUGCGUGAAGCAUGGAUGCUACUCAGAUGAUCAGUGACUCCAUCUUGGAGUCAAAUGAGGAGGAGAAGGAAGAGGAGCCUGAAGAUAAGAGGGAUCGACCAUUGGCCAAACUGUGCAUCUUGAAAAAUGAGCACGUCCCUGAGACAGAGUUGCCCCUCUUUCUGGGAGAUAACGUGCUGGGCCGUGACCCCAACACCUGCCCCCUGCUUUUACCAGCACCGUCCAUAUCCAAGCAGCAUGCUUCCAUCUGCAUCUCUGUCUACCGGACAAGAGGUGGUCACAGCGAAGUGGAGGCUUUGGUUUGGGACCUUGGGAGCAUGAACGGGACCUGCAAAGGCCGCUUAAAGCUCACUCCUAAUGUGCGCUACGCCCUCAGCGAUGGUGACAGUUUGGCGGUGGCAGACAUCCCUUGUCGGUAUGUCAACUGCACUAGAGACACAAUCUCUAUGCGAGGGGGCACGAGGACUCCUGUGAGCAGAAAUGUGGGGUUAAUGGCCGGGACACCAGAUGCCUCAGGAAAAAAGGGAGGUGACAAUAUCACAGACGGCAAGAAAUGUGUCAAUGGAGGCACAACGGGUAAGGUGUCAUUAACGAAGACUCCUGUCAAAACCAGUUGCCUGUCCUUUGAACAAACUCCAACCCAGCCACAGGGGACCCUGGUCCCAGAAUCUGACUCAGACUCAGAUGGAGAAAGAGGGCGAGGAGGAGACAGAAGGCACAAGGCUUUAGUGUCUGACUCUGACUCCCAUAAAUCUAGUCCCACUUGUUCUACAUUCCUGAGUCCCACAUACAAAAUCGUCCCUGAAAGUGAGGAUGAAAGUCCCAUCACACCAUCCUCCUUCGCUAAAAAUAGACCUUCCAGACAUGUCAGCUUCAGCAAGGAGGAGACAGAAGUAGAUGUGGCUGGACAGCUGCUGGAGGAAAAAAAGACACAUGCGCUUGAGGAUGACAGUGAAGAGGAGGAAGGAAUGGAGAAAGAAAGUGUUGCAUCAGAAGGAACACAGUUUAAGAGAAGUGGGCAAAAUGUGCCAGUGACACAGGAAAAAAAUGUCAGUCUUGCGGGAGAAUAUGAAUUGCCUGUGUCUGCACCAGCAGUCUCCACAGAAGUGAUCCCUGCAUUUAACAUGGACAGUGACACUGAUGCGGAGGGAGAGGAGGAAGGGGUGGCAUCCGCGGUGACCUUGAACACGAACCAAGCUAGUCAGCCACCAAACACUGCCGAGUUCCAUAUGGACAGUGACACAGACGAGGAUGAAGAUGCCUUGGACAAAGAUCCUCAAACUGUUACUUCCUCUGAUGACAGUACCAAACCUCCUCAUGUUAAUUCAUAUAUUCAGCCUGAGGGAAUCAUUAUGGACAGUGAGACUGAUGUGGACGACGACGACGCUGCUGUGUCAGACACUGCCACAAAAGCCGAACCCAUGUCAUUUCAGAGUGCACCCACAGCUGACUCUGCUCCUUUAACGCAGCAGAAAGAUGUCCAACUAGACAGUGACACAGACGUUGAUGAGGAAGAAGAAACGGAAUGUGGAACAAAUAAAUCAAACUCUAAAAUAGAUGCAACUCCCACUGGAUUGGAUAUGAAGCCAACUGGGCCUGAAUCUGCCCCUGCUGCUCCUCGUAGCCUACAUCUCGACAGUGACACAGAUGAUGAAGCAAUCCCGGCCCCUACCCUAAGUGGACCGCCCGAGGUGUCUGAUGAAGCCACAGAAUCAUGCACAGCUGCAGACAGAGGAGCUCAUGUUCGGUCUGACAGUGACAAAGACGUGGAACAAGGUUCUCCUCAGGUUAUAUCUGUUGUUGGUACCAUGCCAGGAGCUCUUGAGUCCGAUUCUGAUGCAGAUACAGAUGUGGAUGGAUCUAGCCAGCCCCCUGCCGGAGACGUGGCAAAUUUAACUGACCUCGGAGUGGACAGUGAUACCAAUGUGGAGGAUAAGGAGGCAGACAUUGAGAAGGCAGGUGACGACCAGAUCCCGGGCUUACGCAGAGAAAACACACCUGGGCUGCUGGUCCCUCUUCUGCAGAACUGCUCUACUCCCGUACAAAUGUCAGAUCGAGAAGUGGAAAAUAUGGAUACUCAGGCUUUCCUGAGUCCCUCUUCAGUUCCAUUCAGAUGUGCAGGAGCCCCCUCUGUCGCACCGGGAGCAUUGUCAUCCUGCUCAGACAGCCAGGAGGACGAGCAUUUUGUUGUGGCCGAGACACAGUCCUUCAUUCUUCAGACCAGAGACGGCCAAAGCAGCGACCACGCCUCGGAAUUCACCCAAGCUUUUGGCCAUGAACCUUCUGGUCACGAAAAUGAUGGCCAGUCCAGCAGAGCAGGGUCUUUUCAGCUGGGAUUGCCUGAGAGCAGCCACCUGCGGUCUCAGGCCCAAGCUCUGGCCAUGGAGAGCACCCAGACUUUUGCCCCCUUGGAAAUGAGUGUGAAUAUGGAAGAUACCCAAGCAUUCGCGGCCACCUUAACUGCAGACAGAACUUCUGCAGAGAAUGAUUCGAAUCUGGAAGCUACACAGGCCUAUGGAGAGGAGGAGGAGGAGCCAGCCAGAUGCUCAGUAGAUUUGGCUCUAGAAGCAACACAGGCAUAUAUUUCAAAGCCCUACAGUGAUUCAGAGGAGAAGACAGAUGAAGAUGAGAGAAAAAACAUUACUGCUGCUGCUGAGACUCAGCCUUUUGGAUUUCCCACCUCAUGUACACUUGCCAUGGCUGAAACCCAACCAAUAUCAACCUUUGAAGAAGAGGAGAGUUUUGCAACAGACAGACAUCGAGUCAAGUCAGUAACACAUAAUGAAACAGACAAGACGGAGGAACAUGGGCAGACAGCUCAACCUCAGCAAAGUCCAUCUGGUCAGGUUGUAUCUAUAGCUGAAACUCAGCCCAUGGCUACAAGUGACAAUGAGGACAGUGAUGAUGAAGAUUCAUUUCCAGUUCCACAAAAAAGAAAAGCAAGGCCACUGCAACUUCAAGAGGAGCAGACACAGUCUCGCAUUAGGUCUGAUUUCUCAAUUGUUGAAACCCAGCCCAUGGCUACAAGUGAAAAUGAGGACAGGGAUAAUGGGGACUCGACUCCAGGCCUACGUAAAAGAAGAGCAAAGCCCCCUCGACUCGAGGAAGAAGAGAAACAAACGCUCACAAACUCUGAUCUCUCUGCUGUCGGAACUCAGCCCAUGGGUGCAUGCGAAGGUGAGCAAAGGGAUGACGACGACUCGUUUCCAGGCCAACGAAGAAGAAAAGCAAAGCAACUGCGACUCGAGGAAGAAGAGACGCAAACACUCACAAACUCUGAGCUUUCUGCUGUUGGAACUCAGCCCAUGGGUGCAUGCGAAGGUGAGCAAAGCGAUGACGACGACUCGUUUCCAGGCCCAGGAAGAAGAAAAGCAAAGCAACUGCGACUCGAGGAAGAAGAGACGCAAACACUUACAAACUCUGAGCUUUCUGCUGUCGGAACUCAGCCCAUGGGUGCAUGCGAAGGUGAGCAAAGGGAUGACGAUGACUCGUAUCCAGGCCAACGAAGAAGAAAAGCAAAGCAACUGCGACUCGAGGAAGAAGAGACGCAAACACUCACAAACUCUGAGCUUUCUGCUGUUGGAACUCAGCCAAUGGAUACAGGUGAGGAUGGGGACAGUGAUGAAGAAGACUCGAUUCCAGUUUCUCGAGAAAGAAGAGCUAAACCGCUUCAACUUGAGGAGACGCAACCCGUCUCUAUUGGUGCAUUUGAAGGUGAGCAAAGUGACGGCGACGACUUGAUUUCAGGUCCACGAAAUGGAAAAGCGAAGGCACUGCAACUUGAAGACGAGGAGACGCAACCGCUCACAAUUUUGGAGGACUCUGCUGUUGAAAGUCAGCCUUUGAAAACACAAACUGGUGUACGACCUGAGAGACGAAGGGGGACACUAUCUGAAGCUGGAACCAGUGGAGUCAGUGUUAGAAAAACAAGGGGAGGGACAAGGGCAAGUAUAAGAGAGGAGGAAGAGCAGGCAGAGUGUUCAGAACCCCCAAAGAGACAGACAAGAGGGGGGAGUAAAGCUUUGCCAACUACCAGAGGAAGAAGGGGAAAAUCCAAGCCUAAUGAGGAUGAGAGUGAGGAAGAGGAGGAGGUGGAGCUGGCCCAGAAGGCUAAAGGGAAAAGAUCCACGAGGCAGCAGAAGGACAAUGAAAAAGAGGGAGAAAAGUGUGAACCUCAAAGAAAUAAUCAUACUGAAAAUAGCAAAAAGAAGGAAGAACAAGAAAGAUUGCAGGCUGAAGAUACAGAGAGGAUAAGACUCGAACAAGAGAGGGCAGAGAAGGCGAGACAGCAAAAAGAAGAGAUCGAGCGAUCUGUUCAGAAACAUAAUGAACAAUUGGAAAAGAAAAUAAAGGAAAAUGAAGAAAAGAGGAGCUUGGCGCAUGAAAAGGCAGAACGAGAAGAGAGGGAGAAAUUGGAGAGGGAGGAGAAAGAGAAAUUAGAAAAGGAAAGAAAGGAACAGGAAGAAAAAGAGAGAUUUGAGCGAGAAAAGGCAGAACGAGAAGAGAGGGAGAAAUUGGAGAGAGAGGAGAAAGAGAAAUUAGAAAAGGAACAGGAAGAAAAAGAGAGAUUUGAGCGAGAAAAGGCAAAACAAGAAGAGAGGGAGAAAUUGGAGAGAGAGGAGAAAGAGAAAUUAGAAAAGGAAAGAAAGGAACAGGAAGGAAAAGAGAGAUUUGAGCGAGAAAAGGCAAAACGAGAAGAGAGGGAGAAAUUGGAGAGAGAAGAGAAAGAAAGAAAGGAACAUGAAGAAAAAGAAAGAUUGGAAACAGAAAAGAGGGAACUAGAAGAGAAACUUAAGAGGAAGGAAGAAGAACACCGAGCAAGGCUGCAGAGGGAAGCAAAUGAAAAGGGAGAGGGAGAAAGACUGGAGAAAGAAAAAGAAAAGCAACUAAAAGAGCAACAAGAAAACCAGGAAGAGUUAAAUAAGGCCAAAGUGCCCUCAAGAGGUCGAAGAGCGAAGGGGAUAACGGCCAAUCGCCUAUGUACAACAGAGCAAGAGUCCACCAUAGUAACCAACGAUGACGUCCCAGCAAGGAGAACCAGAUCUCGCUCCAACUCCUCCAACUCGAUCAGCUCUGAAAGAUCUGCUUCCAGCGUCAGCGUUAGCGUUGUGGAGGGCAGGGGGAGAGGUCGAGGUCGAGGCAAGGGAGCGAAAAGGACCAGCGAGCCUCCCCAGGCAGCCGGCGUCAGGAGCAGCACCAGGAGGAAAACAGUAGCUGCAGGCACGACGGAGCAGGACGACACCUCUCCUCAUGGAGUCCUCUCAAGGUCGCUCAACUCUGACAUUUCAAGCUGCAGCGUGAGCUCUCAAAACAGAGGAAGAGGAGGCAGGCAGCGAGGAAGACCGUGGAUAACACAGCCAGACUCCAGCUCCGCUGUCAAUAGUCAGAGCGGUAAGAAUUCAGCUCCCAAUCCUGCAGCCAGAGGCAGGAAGAGCAGGAAAACAGAGGGACCCUCAAGUGCGGUCGCCCAGGAAGAUGAAGAAGAGGAGACAGACUCUCAGCAGGCUCGUACCACAAGGGGACAGCGCAGAGCCACGGCAAGUCUCUCUGAAUCAACUGCUGCAGAUGAGGACAACCAGUCCAAUCAGGAGGAAGGUCGAGCCAGUGAGGGAUCACGUCUUUCUCAAAGGAGCGUCAGGGGCAGAGCCCAAACAUCAGUAGCUCUCGCAGUCAGUGAUGGAGGUGAGGCUCAAGACAAAAGAAAAGGAAGGAAGAGAGAGCUGGAGGCAAACACAGAGGAGGAUUCUAGCAGUAACACCAACAUUUCCAAAGUGAAAGAGAAAGGCCAAACAAUGGAGGAAGAAGGGAAAGAUGAAACAAAAGAUGACAGUCCCGUGCAGGCUAAGAGGAGAGGUAGAGCAUCCAGCGCUCAAGCCAAAAAGAACGCAAAGGGAUCUCGCCUUGCCGUGGAAAUGAAGGAAGAGAGUGAGAAAAUAGAGAUUGCUGAGAAGAGAGGCAGAGGUCGGCCAUCGGUGGUCCAGCAAAACAGGAGAGAGGAGCAGGGAGACAGUGGAACUUCUGCCAAUUCCAUGAAACAGGAAGCGAAAGUGGAGACACCAGAGCCAAGGACUCCGGCCAGCAGUGCGUCCCGGAAGCGACAGGCUCCUGCGGCUGCCUCUCCCGUGGCAAAGAGCCCACGCUCGUCCUCGUCUUCCCCUGCAGCUAGAGGUCGACCACGAGCUGCGAGCCAGGCCCACAAAGUGCUAUUCACAGGCAUGGUGGAUGAAGCCGGGGAGAGAGUGCUGGCCCGUUUAGGGGGCAGCAUGGCUCAAGAUGUGGCCGAUAUGAACUGCCUGGUGACUGAUAAAGUCCGCAGGACGGUCAAGUUCCUUUGUGCGGUGGCCAAAGGAAUCCCGAUUGUCACCACACACUGGCUGGAAAAGAGCGGUAAAGCCGGGAGCUUCCUGUCCCCCAAUGCUUUUAUUGUGAAGGAUCCGGAACAGGAGAAGAAGUUCAGUUUCUCUCUGCAGGCGUCUCUGAGGAUUGCCAGUAAUCAGCCUCUCUUACAGGGAUAUGAGAUCCACGUUACAAAAUCAGUGAGGCCGGAGCCCGUUCAUAUGAAAGACAUCAUCUCCUGCAGUGGAGCAACCUUUCUGCCAAAGAUGCCCUCCUCUCACAAGCCUCAGACGGUAGUGGUUUCCUGCGAGGAGGACUGGUCGCUGUGUGGACCGGCUGUCGCUGCAUCACUCCCAGUCGUCACUGCUGAGUUCCUCCUCACAGGAAUCCUUCAGCAGAACGUUGACUUUGAAGCCCACACUCUCUCGGCCCCUGUAACUACUCCACAACAUGCGGUAGGCAGAGGAAGGGGCAGGAAGAGGACAUAGCAUCGUAAAGGAGUACUAUAAAUAAACAUACAAUGAUGCACCUGAUGUGCAGGGAAUUUGCGUUCAAGAUAUCCUUUCAAAUCAGAGACCAAUAGAAUGACUAGUGAGUCAGCUGUUUCUCUGCCGUCAAAGACUUGAAUGUAUGUAUGUAUUUGCAAAUGUUGAAUGUUCACAAAUGUCAAGAUAUUUUGUUCUUACAUUGCCAGCACUGGAAGCAUCUGUGUCAUUGCAGGUUAAGAAUACAACUAAUUUUAUAGGUACAAAAACUGUAUGUAAGAGUGAUGUGAGAAAAAUGUAGGAAGCUGUUCAAAGGGACUAGACUCGAAAUUUGAUGUCAAAAAUCUACUCCGACCAGCAGUCUUAUCUUUUGCCUUGUACAUAUGGAAAAUUUGUAGUUUUUAAAAUUACUAAAGCCAAUUGUGUGAUGUCGCUGAAACGCAGGAAGUUAAAUCGAGUAUUCUUGACUCUCUCCCUCUCCACUCCCCUCCCCUUCUACAACAAGAACAACAAGCAGAGCAGGAAUUAACAGUGCUAGAUUGCUGCAAUCUUGUAUGCUAAGUGCUUAAACUCAAUCAGCCUUUUUUGGCAGCGAACCAACCACAAAGAGGGAGUUGUAUAAAUCAUGUGUGGCUGGUGGAGCCUUGGAAAACGAUUGGAUGUGUUCAGAAGUCCAUCAGCUACAGUGGCCAGAGGAAGUUGCUGAUAAGAACUCCAUAGUGCCUUUUUAUACCGAGCUAAUCAGGAACCUACCAGUGUAUCUGUUUUUCCUUUGUCUCCAUUAACCAACAACGCCUGUUCCAAUCCUAUUACAUCCACGGCUGAGACACGCCUGAUUGAGGCACCUGAGUGCUGAUGCUGCUUCCACAUCAAUAUCUUAUGAUGUUUGUCCUUGCCAUGCAUUUAUCUACCGUCUCUUCAUUUUUCUCGCACAGCUUUGAAGCUAUUUUGUUCUUGUAUGGUAAAUGUCAUCGGCGUCUGAAAAACGGACUCAAUAGCUUGUGAGUUUUUCAGAACUGCGAACCAGCUAAUAUCUUAAAAACCAAGUAUUCAUUUGCACCACUUCAUGAAAUCUGUCUGUAAUGUCGAUGAGGACAUUAAAUAUUUCUUAUUACA